AUGUCAACGCAACUCUCAUCCCAGUCUUCACCAACUCGAUAUGCGCGUGGUGCCGUUGGUAAUACACGUAAAAAGAAUCAUCUGUUCAUCACUUCCGGCUUGUUUGAUGUCUUGUCACAAAUUGAUACGGAAAUUGCGGGUCAAUAUGGUUUCCGCGAAUGUAUGACCACAAUCGUGGUCACCAACCGCGAUACUGAAGAAAUGCUUGAAUGUGCCAUUAAAGUGUCAGCAUAUAUUGGGCCUGACCUUAUCCUCAGCGAUGGCACUAUUUACUAUUUAAAAGGCCGUAUCCUAGCUCUCAACCAUGAUGAUCUUCAGGUAUUAUAUUAUGAACCUGAGAAUAGCAUCUCAAUUUCACAAUCCGAAUCUUUUCGAGCUGACCUAGCAAACAAGGUCUCUGUGACUGGCCUCGGUGUUAUCGCGUCGCAAGAAGUCGAGACCCUUAGUCCGGGGAAAGAAAACGUUAUCAUCAUAGUGGAGCACUCAGACUUCAAUCCUGCCAUUCGAGAUCAAGACACUUUUGAAGUCGAAUACAGGUGCAACUGGUCUCCUCUCAUGGCCAAGUUACAAAGUCUCUUGGUCCCUCGUCGAGAGGCACUUCUCACUGGACGUAUCACGGGGUAUAUACCCUCUUGCAAUAUGUGGUCUGUUGAGGUGACGGGUGUGAAUAUCACCACCGGGCAUGAGUCGGGCCAAUCGUCAACUGUUCCGUCUACAGGAUCUUCCUUAGGCACCCCGGGAGGCCGAGCAAGAGGUAAACUAUUUGUUCCAGGUGCGGCAUCAAAGAAACCUGCGGCCAUCAGCUCUCUCGACGACGCGUCCUCAGCUGAGAAUCCAAUUCCCCCUAACCCGAAGGGAAAAGGGAAAGCUGUCUCAACUGCUUCAUCUUCGCGGCCUGCGAGUAAACGAACUAAACCGAGCGGCUCGGAUGCCGAGUAG